GAAAAAAUAUAUCGCGAUAGAAGAAUGAUCCGGUGCGGGUGUGGGAAACUCUCUAAGCCCUUUCUUGCGCCUUCGCCGGAGAAGCGUGUUUAUUCUGGUUCGUUUUGGUGUGUACAGCAGGGACUAGGGUUUUGCUGCGUAGUCAUUAGCCAAGCUUGAGAGUUAAGAUGAACGGAGGAGAGCGCUUCUGUGAACAGUCGGAGUGCGGUGCUUCUCACCCUGCUGCCGUGGCUUCCUCCUCCUCCUCUUCUUCUUGGCCUUCCGGCGGCGAUGUCAAUCAUAAUUACUACUACCACCAUCACCACCAUGACCAAAAUUUCAAUGCUUCCAAUUUUAACCCUCAUUACCACCACAAUUCCAAUCGCCCCGACCAUCAGCAGCACUUUGAUUUCCAGUCAUUCCACUCUAAUGGUGGCGCUCCUGCCUAUGGAUUCACCCAUGCUUUGCCUCUUUCUGGACGGAAAAGGGAUCACAUGGAUAGUGUCAUUGCCAGUCAUGCAAAACUUUAUGUUUCACAAGUUCCAAGAACAGCAAGUGUAGAUGAUAUUCGCCCCUUGUUCGAACAAUUUGGAAAUAUUGUUGAGGUUGUUAUAUUAAAGGAUAAGAGAACAGGCUACCAACAAGGAAGUUGUUUUGUUAAAUAUUCUACAAUAGAUGAGGCUGAGAAAGCCAUUCGAGCUUUAAACACUCAAUUUACUUUUCCUGGGGAAAUGGUGCCCAUUACUGUUAAAUAUGCUGACGGGGAAAGGGAGCGGCUUGCAAUACUUGACAAAGUGUUUGUUGGAUACCUGAAUAGAGAUGCUACAAAGAAGGAAAUUGAGGAAAUCUUUUCCCCUUAUGGUGUGGUUGAAGAUGUCUACAUUGUACGUGAUGAAAUGAAGCAAAGUCGUGGAUGUGGAUUUGUUAAAUUUUCUCAUAAAGAUAUGGCAUUGGCUGCAAUCAAAGCUCUUAAUGGAAUGUACACUAUGAGGGGUUGUGAUCAGCCAUUCAUUGUUCGUUUUGCGGAUCCUAAGAAACCUAAGGGUGGAGAAACAAGAGGCAAUACCUCAUUUAGUGGCACAAAUUUUGGCCCUCAUAUGCAAGAACCAGUUGUUAGGCGUACAACCAAUCCUGGUGAUUCCAUGGUGGGGCAUAAUCUGCCUAAUGCACCAUACCCUCUGCAACAUUUCUCUUCAACUCCACAGCCUCAAGGUGUUUCUUUGUAUGCGAACCAAGAGCCUCAAACACCUAAUAUCAAUCAACAACCAUUUCCUUCAUUACAAAACCCAUCCUCACAGUUGUCUCAGAUGCCUUUACAACAGACACAGAAUUUGCAAAGAAGUGCUCAAUCAUUUCAAGCAGUCCCUGAAAUGCAGAAACAGAUGCACCUGAUACAACCAUCAAUGGAAAGUUUAGAGCAGCAGCAGUGGUCUCAAGGUAGUGGACAGCAGACACCCCAGACUGGAAACAAUACUCAGGCGGUUGCUAGCAAUUCUGUUUCACCAGUUGUGCCUGUGAACGCCCAGGUAUCUGAACUUGAGUGUGAUUGGAGUGAGCACACCUGCCCUGAUGGCUAUAAAUAUUAUUACAAUUGUGUCACUUGUGAAAGCAGAUGGGAAAAGCCUGAGGAGUUUGCUAUAUUUGAGCAGCAAGUCAAAAAACAGAUACAGCCGCACAAUCCUUCCAAUCAGUUCCAAUCCCCAUUACCUGUUCAUUCUAUGGAACAAGUUGCUCAAACGCAACAAGUGCAACAUCAAACUCAUGUCUUCCAUCAGAAACUCCAACAUCAACAAUCCUCCUUAUCUGCAUCAGUGUGAAUGUCGCUGUAACUGAGACGGAGUAGUCAAAUGUUGAUCUAAGGAAACAUCUAAAAUUUUCCUCUCGAUCAUUCAAAAGAAUUGCUUCCCCUUAAUUGCUUAUAACUUGUGUUGGUGAACUUUCUGAGGUUAUACCCUUUACUGUGAUUGUCAUACAAAGUUUGUUGGUCUAACCAAAAUCAUUUUGGGGGUUACAUUAAUGGGGGCUCAAAGCCAUAGCUAUCGUAAAUAAUUCCAAAGGGAUGCAGAAAUAGGGUGGCUUUUUUGACCCAACAAAGUAAAUAAAUAAAAAAGCUGAAAUAUAUGUGAUC